UGAACGGGCUAAUUUAAUAAAAAAAAAUUUUCAAAGUUGUCCUCCUAUGUAUGUCACUGUGCAUUGGGAUGGAAAAAUUUUACCAACUUUAAAUGUAAGAGACUCGGGCAUUGAUAGGUUACCAAUUGUGAUAACUAGUAAAAAUUUAGAUUUAUUAAUUGGUAUACCGAAACUAAAAAAUUCGACGGGGUAUGAACAAGCUAAUGCUGUUCAUUGUGCGUUAGAUGAUUGGGGCUUAUUAAAUAUUGUCCAAGCUCUAUGCUACGAUACCACCGCAUCUAAUAUGGGACGUUUAAAAGGUUCGUGUAUUUUACUAGAGCAAAAAUUAGAGAAAGAUCUAUUGUAUUUACCUUGUCGCCACCAUAUAUAUGAACUGAUUUUACGCGGUGUUUUCGAAACAAAACUUCCUCAGGUAACAUUAAGCCCUGAUAUUCCCAUAUUUAAAAACUUUAAAAAAAAUUGGAAUAAUAUUGAUGUUUCUAAUACGAUCUGUGGAAUAGAUGACGUUGAAUGUUGCUCUGCACUUGAAAAUUAUCGAAAUAAUAUUCUCCAGUUUUCUAGGGCAAUGUUGCGAAUCGGAUGUUUUAGAGAUGAUUAUAAAGAAUUGCUCGAGCUAUCUAUAAUUUUUUUAAAUGGUGACUCAGAUAAAAAAAUUAAAAUACACCCUCCUGGAGCCAUGCACCAAGCUCGUUGGAUGAGUAGAGCAAUAUAUUGCUUAAAGAUUUAUUUAUACCGAAAACAGUAUUUACUAAAAACUUUUGAAAUAAAUGCUAUUCGAAAUAUAUGUAUUUUUAUUAUUAGAUUUUAUUUAAAAGCCUGGUUUAACUGUACUGAACCGUCCAAAGCUCCGAAUAACGACUUAAAUUUUAUCAAAGAAUUAAAGUUAUAUGAAAAAGAACAACCGUUAAUUGCGAAAGCAGCGUUAAACAAAAUUUGUAAUCAUUUAUGGUACUUAACAGAGGAAACAGCUGCUUUAACAUUUUUUGACGAUACCAUUUCAACCGAAAUAAAAAAAUUAAUGGUUGUAUCCCUUAAUAAUGAGUCAACAAUAAACCCUAGCAAACGUUUUAUUCUUUCAUCGAGUGAUAUAGACAAAUCAUUUUCAGAAAAAACUGUAGCUUCUUUUUGUCAAAAAGCAGUAUGAAAUUUUUUAAAAGAUUCGAUAUCAAUACUAAUUUUUUAAAAUUGGAUCCAAGUAAUUGGAAUACUGAUGAUUUUUAUUUACACGGAAAAGAAAUUGUAUGUUCACUUAAAGUAGUAAAUGACUCUGCAGAGAGAGCGGUUAAGCUAAUGGAAGAUUUUCAUGGAAGUUUAACUGUAAACGAUGAAAAAGCUGAGUUACUUUUACGCUGUGUCCAAGAACACAGAAAAUUAUAUCCUAAUUGCAACAAAGAAACAUUAAAACAUAGUUUUUAAUGUAUAUUUUUGUUAUAAUUUGUGAAUUAUUUUGAAUUUAACAUUUUGUAUUUUAUGUAGUAAUUUUUUUUUUUAUUUAUACAAUAAUAUUGAGAAGUAAGUAUAAU